CCCGCGAUGCGCUGGCCCUCUUCUCUGCUCUACGAACUCCUUGUUCCGGGUCCUCGCCUUGCCGUCACAUGUCUCCAAGGCUAUCUGCGUCAUACCCGCUUCCUGCGCUGGAAAACAUCCGAUUCGGCCGUACCUGCCUUGAAGCUCUAUACACGCCCACAAACCGGAGCUUCGCCUGUCGAGAAGCAUCAAGACUCUGCCAGAGCAUUGGCAUCGAACCUUUCAAGCUACACACAUCAAAAAAAAUAUAUAUACUUCGACUUUCUUGAGACAUUACGCUUCACUACAUCAGGAAGGAACAGUGGGCAAGACGACUCCGGCCGAGCAUCUCAGCUUCUUCUCGCUCUUGCGCUUCACUACAGCCGCAUCACGCUCUGCGAUUUGUACCAUGAGAUUUACUGACUCAACAUGACAGGCCUUGUGGAGGACGCUUGGAUCAAUGGCCAGGCAACGUAAGUCAAACAUGUUCAUAGUGUCGAG